AUGGGAGGUCAGAUCACCAGGAAUACCUUCUACGAUUCUCUUAACGGCCCGUUUCCUGCCACGUCACACCGGUGCCACCACAAGCCCAAGCGCUGCCUGCCCAUCCAGCCAUGCGGGAGUUUGUCGUCCUUCCCGCUGCUCUUCCACCCGAGCACCAAGGGCUCGCAGAUCGUCAUGGACCUGUCCCAGAGGACCGUCAAGAGACAGGCCAGCUUCUGUAACGCCAUCACCUUCAGCAACAGGCCCAUCGCCGUGUAUGAGCAGGUCCGGCUGAAGAUCACCAAAAAGCAGUGCUGCUGGAGUGGUGCUCUACGUCUUGGUUUUACAUCCAAGGACCCGUCGAGGAUCAACCCGGACACCUUGCCAAAGUACGCCUGCCCAGACCUGGUCUCCCAGAGCGGCUUCUGGGCAAAGGCCCUGCCGGAGGAGCUGUCCAACGAGGGAAACAUCAUCUCCUUCUGGGUGGACAAGAAGGGGCGAGUGUUUUACCGAAUCAACGACUGCAGCCCGAUGCUGUUCUUCAGUGGCGUGCACGUAUCGGAGCCUCUGUGGGCUCUCAUAGAUAUCUACGGCCUCACGAGGGGGGUCCAAAUGCUAGACAGUGAGAUGCUCCCCCUGGACUGCCUGCGUCCUCGCUCUUUCGCUGCCAGCCAGCGGGCCUCCAUUCAGAGAAACGGCGAUGACCCUCGCCUCUCCAUCAGCCUGUGUGACCUGAGCCAGCAGCAGCAGGAGGCAAAUCUGGAGGAAGACGAUGAGGAAGAGGAGCAGCUACAACCUUUAAGCUCCGCCUCCUGCCACGUGCCCCAAAACUCUCAGAACUCCCAGCAGUGCUCGAUGCUGCCCAGCCACUUGGACACGGAUCUGCACUUCCACCUGGUGCACGGCAUUCAUGUUACCGUGCUGGAUAAGCACACGGUGGCGCGUCUGGAUCACCGUGGCGACGAGAGGACCCUGGUGUUCACCAGCCGGCCAAUGCGCUGCUCAGAGACGGUGUUUGUGAAGGUGAAGGCCGGUGUCACGCGACCUGGCUGUCUUUCUUACGGCGUGACGUCAUGUGACCCGGCCACCCUGAGGCCCAGUGACCUCCCGUCCAACCCAGAGUCACUGGUCGACCGCAAGGAGUUCUGGGCCGUGUGUCGGGUGGGCGUGCCGCUCCACGGUGGAGACAUCUUGGGCUUUGUGGUCAACGCAGAAGGGGAGGUCAUGAUGAGCCAUAACGGUGUCAGUGCAGGGAUGCAGCUGUGUGUUGAUAACUCCAGGCCACUGUGGAUGUUCUACGGUCUGCACGGCACCAUCACACAACUCAGGAUUUUAGGCUCAUCUCUGCACGCAGACCUUCGAGGCCCGUCGAUCCCCAGCUCCCCGUCCUGUACACCCAACACCCACACGGUGCUUUGCAGCGGCAACUCCGAGCCCAACCUCAACACAACAUUGAACAUCAACCUCAAUUCCAGCCUGAACUCUAAUUAUCACGCGGUCUUUUCUUCCUCCACAGGUACAACCCCGAGCUCUCCCUUCUCCAGCCACCCUGAGUCCCCCACCUUCCCGUCCUGCUCGGGCUCGUGGAGCGACGAGUGCACCAUCUGCUACGAGAACGUGGUGGACACGGUCCUCUACGCCUGCGGACACAUGUGUCUCUGCUACACCUGCGGCCUCAAGCUCAAGAAGAUGGCCAACGCGUGCUGCCCCAUCUGCAGGAGGACAAUCAAAGACAUCAUCAAGACCUACCGGAGCACGUAAGCUCGGCUCAGCUCGAGAGGUUGUCAAAGCCAUAAAUGACUUUGUAAAGAUGGACACAGCGCAAGUGAAAGCUCCGCUUGUUUGUGUGUGCAAUCUGGCUCAGGUACUCUACAGCAGGACUCCAUCAUUAAAACAUUUUUUCUAUGUCACGUCUCAUGCACAUCGUUGGAAAGCUCGCGUUGGCUCCUACCACCGAAAAAAAGACCGUCAGAAAAUACAGUUUGAUCAAUGGGAACAAAACAUGUACUAGUGUUAUCUGCAUCACACCUUGACCUACUAUCGUCCACUGACUGUGAUUUGUGUGUCUGUUGAGGAGGAAGAGUAAUCUGAGGGGGAAUCUGUCCCUCUUCCUGUUCUGGUGGUGAUGGCACCGCUGCUCACUCGUGUUUAGAAGAGGUAAAAUUGUCCAGUGCUGCGGAAGAAAGAGGGGGAAAACAAAUCUGUGGUUUCACUAGCUGCUCCUCCACUGUUUGUCAGAGACCGCUGGGUCGAAAAGUGUGUUUAGAGAAUCAAUUCUCUGUUAGAUCUGAAAAAAUCAAGAGGAUUUCCCGAAUGUUUUUCAAAGUCCAGUGAGGGAAAAUUUAAAAGAAGUUUCUGUGGUGGGAAAAAUAACUUUGCAGCACUUCUGAAUUAAGCCAUUUUUUUUUUUGAAUGCAUAGAUAAAAUUGCUCCUCCUGCAACAAGCCUAAACCUAAAGGGUAAAGAAAUCCUUAAAGGAAGUUGGUUGCAUAAUAAAUGAAGUGUUUUGUGGGAUAUCUCUCUACCUGCUGUGCUUCUGUGCACUUCAGGCAGGGCGAGAAUGCGCAGAGGGGAAAAAAAAAACAAGUGUAAAUGUCGUCGCCAUAGAAGGUCAAGCUUGCGGUGAACGAGGAUGUAAAUCAGAGACGUGGGAGUGAGGGGAGGAGGGAAGAGAGAGGAUGUUGUAUGUUUGGGAUGGAGACGGGGGAGGAGGGGGGUGUCUGCACAUCGUUCCAGCAGAAAGAAAGUGUUUCCUCACUCAGGCACAUCAGAUGCAUCAGGAGUUUGUAUGAAAGCCUGUAAAAUGUGGGGACUUGCAUGGUUUGCAUGUCCCGCUUCUCUGGCAGCCGUCCCCCGACGCUCCGGGUGCUGCUCAGUGAGCCGGCUGCAUGCUGUAAUUGGACAAAAGUCAUUGAAAUAAACAUCAGUGGACAGUGAAGUAUUUUCAAAAACACUGCAGCAGAACACAAAGGAUGACGAUCGACCUCUUCAUCCACCAUCGGAGGCUUAAUUCAGGUUUCUCUCUUUAAUCUGUACAUUAAAUAAAAAACAUGGUUAUUUGCUCUCAGUGAUGACUUCUGUUUCUCACACGUGUGGAUGUAGCUUGUUAUUGUGAGAUUGUUCAUUUGCAUAUCAGUUUCUGAGUGCUGCUCUCCGCCGGUAAAAGCAAACUGCAAGGACACGUUCACUUUGCUAAUCUCAUUCAUUAUUAUUGUCGAGAAAAACAAGCUAUUUUCAGGUUUUUCGGCCUUGAUGAAAACAUUACUCGGUAAUUUGUUAAAGUAGUAAGUGCUGAUUUGUUUUUUUAUUUUGUUCAAGGUGUUAACUUCGGCUCAAGUCAUCUCCCCGCUGCGGAGGGAAAAAAAAUAAAAAAUCAGCAGUUCCAUUGCGUAACGUUUGAGUCACAGUGAAGUUUUUCUUGUGUGCCUUCGAAAACGAGAAGUCUGGACAAACCUUGGUGUAACCACACAACCUACCGACACAAAGCCAACAUUUCAGUGUGCUUAAUAUCAGCGUGUGAAUUCAUUUUACUGCUAAAGAUGAAAUGUUCAAACAGGUCACUGCGUUGUAUGAUACUGGAAUUAUUAUUUUGUUUUUUUUUGGUUUUUUUUGCUCAGCUUUUACAUUUCUACCUGUUUUGUUUUUGUUUUUCUCCUCCUGACCAAAUAUGACCGAGCAGAGAUAUGAAUGGUUUUUGAUAGAAAAUGGUAUUGAUGAGUGUAAUAUUAACUGUACAUUAUGAGGUUUAUUUAUUUUGUCAAUGCUACUAUAAAGAAUUCUCAUUGUUUGUUUUCUAUGUAUGACUAUUAGUGUCUAAAAAAGUAAGAAUAUUGUUUAUUUUAUUGUUACAUAGUUAAAGACUAUAGAAUACUUUGCUCCUCUGAAGGCUCCGUGGAUCAGCUGGUUCUCACCUAAAAGGAAAAGUUUGACAUUUUGGGAAACUAAUGUGCUAAUUUAGUCUUUGGCGCAGAGUUAGAUGAGAAGAUGGACAAUUCAGUACAACCGACCGUCACUAUGUUAAAAAACAACAACAAACUUGAUGCAGGUUACACAGCGUUACCUACUGAGAAAGGUAACUUGUUAAAAGUUGACAUUCCUUUUAAAAAAAAAUUCAGGAAACUGAUUACCUCAGGAUUACCAGGUAAACUAGGCUAUUAAAUUUAAGUUGGACAUCACACAUUGAAUAGUAUAUUCUACAGCUCUGUCAGUCGUUUGUGUGAAAGUGUGUCAAAAUUAUCAUGUGACUUGUUUUGUGAUGCCACACUGACCUUUGACCAGUGACCACCAAAUUGUUUGUGUGUCACAUUUGAAAGGACGGACAACCCAAAAACAUCAUGCCUCUGGCUGUCGCUAGUGAGGAGGUCUGAAAUACUGAAUGGCAACAAGUAGCACACACAACAGGCAAAACCAACCAAUCGGUAGACAAUGAGCCAAUAAAGACAAAGAAAUACAUAACAAUCAAUACAGGGUAAAUAAGAAAAAACAUGCAUAUUCAGUAUAAAUACACAUAUAUGGAAUAAUGAGCUGGGAUGAUGAUUUGUUCAUUGACAGUGAUAUUUCCAUGGCAAUGUUUGAGAUGACAAAGUUACAACAGUGUAACAGUGUAGUGGUAGUGAUGAACACAGAGAACAGAAUGAAGCUACAGCUGCAGCCAGCAAAUGUAAAUUGGCAUUAAAUUAAACAUGGAAAUAGGGGGCGAACAGCUAGAUUAGCUCUUACAAUGGUAAGGACCCACAUGCAGACAUGUUGAGACAGCAAGAUGAUUUCAUUGGCUUUUUGAAGCAUUAAGUCAUACAGGUAUCCAGGGAAGAUGGUGAACAGGUAAUGGCAAGCUCAAAUACAAACGGCACAGAACAAAACCCAGCUAAGCACCUGGGAUGCACUGACAGCUAAGCUAACCGUCUGCUAGCUGUAGCCACUCGCUGGACUAGAGUCAGAUAAAUCUGUACAUCAGACUCUCCGCCAGAGGAGCACAUUUCCCAUCAUGUCAAACAUUUUGCUUUGAUGCCACAAACUAAAACAUUGUAUUAAAAGGGAAUAAAAUGUGUAAUGAUGACAUCAGUUGCCUAUUAGUUGGUAGAGAUAUGUUCGUCCUUCUUGUGCAUAUUUGAAUUAUAGCUUGAAUUUGUGUUGUGGUGAAGCAGGCGUGAGUAGUUCCUGUACAAUUCUGACAGCCUAUUUUUUACAAAUGUGACCAAAUAUUUUCUGUCCAAAAUGAAACAAAAACCAGCGAAUAAGUGAAGGUGGGCAUUGUGCAUUUGAGACAAGAGAAUCAGCUCAUGUACCUUUGGUUUCCCGGGCUGGAGAUUUCUACUAGUUGUUAAAAAAAAAAAAAAAAAAAACAUUCUUAAAGUGGUUUAAAUAUGUUCAGUUUGUUAAAUAAAGUUCAAGUCUGAAUUAC